GUCCUGUGUUUCAUUGUGGUUUCCUUUCAUUUUUUUCCGGACACGUUAUUGUUGCAUCAGAUAGUGGAAAAUGGCAAGCGCAGGAGACGCAGCCUUUGAUUAUGGCUUCUUAUUGCGCAUAAGUGAGGAUUCUCGCUUGGUUGAGGCUCUGAAUGAGUACUUGAGCAGUCGCAGUUACCUGGCUGGCUACGGGCCCUCGCAGGCGGACGCAGAAGCCUUUGCGCUUCUCUGCAGGCCCCCACCUGAGCGCCAUGUCCAUGCCCUGCGCUGGUACAAACACAUAGCCUUCCUGAAGCCCCAAGCCAAUGACCAGAGCCCAGAAUGCAGCACGAAGGGAAAACGGGUGCAGCCACCAUGGUCUCCUCCAGAGGGAACAGACAUUUCAAAGCUACGUCUUUACAACAGCCUCACGCGCACCAAGGAGGUGUUUGUACCGCAGAAGGGCAACCGGGUUCUGUGGUACUGCUGCGGCCCCACGGUGUAUGACGCUUCUCACAUGGGUCACGCCAGGUCCUACAUUUCUUUUGACAUACUUAGGAGAAUACUGAAGAACUAUUUCAAGUAUGACGUCUUCUACUGUAUGAACAUCACAGACAUUGAUGACAAAAUCAUCAAAAGAGCUAGACAGAAUUACCUGCUGGAGCAGUACAGAGAGAAGAAGCCCAGUGCCGCUCAGAUCCUGCAGGAUGUGUUAACAGCGCGAACUCCUUUUAAAGCCAAGCUUGCUGAGACUACUGACCCAGAUAAGAAGCAGAUGCUGGAGAGACUAGAUUCAGCAGUAGAUGCCGCUCUGGGUCCCCUGCAGGUGGCAGUGCAAAGCAAGGCUGCGCAGGAUUCAAUUCAGAAGCAGGCACAGGUCUUACUGGAGGAGGCCAAGGAUCUUCUGUCAGAUUGGUUAGACUCGCAGUUUGGGAGCCAGGUGACAGAAAACUCCAUAUUCUCUUUACUGCCAAAGUACUGGGAAGGAGAGUACCAUAAAGACAUGGAAGCCCUGAAUGUCCUUCCUCCUGAUGUACUCACACGGGUCAGUGAGUACGUACCAGAGAUUGUGGAGUUUGUCAAAAAGAUUGUGGACAAUGGUUAUGGGUAUGAGUCCAAUGGAUCUGUAUAUUUUGACACGGCAAAGUUUGAUUCUUGCCCUGCUCACUCUUAUGCCAAGCUGGUUCCAGAGGCUGUGGGCGAUCAGAAAGCUCUUCAGGAGGGAGAAGGAGACUUGAGCAUCUCAGCAGAUAGACUCAGUGAGAAAAGAUCACAGAAUGACUUUGCAUUGUGGAAGGCCUCUAAGCCUGGGGAACCAUCCUGGGACUCCCCUUGGGGAAUGGGGAGACCUGGUUGGCAUAUUGAGUGUUCUGCCAUGGCCGGAUCCAUACUAGGAGAAUCUAUGGAUAUCCACGGAGGAGGAUUUGACUUACGUUUUCCUCAUCAUGACAAUGAGCUGGCGCAAUCUGAGGCCUACUUUGAGAAUGAUUACUGGGUACGAUAUUUCUUGCACACGGGUCACCUCACCAUCGCCGGAUGCAAAAUGUCCAAAUCUCUGAAGAACUUUAUCACCAUCAAAGAUGCCCUGGCCAAACAUACAGCAAGACAACUUCGUUUGGCCUUUCUGAUGCAUUCAUGGAAGGACACAUUAGAUUAUUCCAACAACACAAUGGAGUCAGCCAUCCAAUAUGAGCGAUUCAUAAAUGAGUUCUUCCUAAAUGUUAAAGAUAUUCUGAGGAGCCCUACAGACAUCACUGGCCAAUAUGAGAAAUGGGAAGCUGAGGAGAUUGAACUGAACAAAUGCUUCUAUGACAAGAAAACAUCAGUUCAUGGGGCGCUGUGUGAUAACAUAGACACUCGUUCAGCUCUGGAGGAGAUGCGGGCUCUUGUUGGUCAAAGCAACACCUACAUGGCUGCCAGGAGGAGUGCAAAACUACCACCAAACCGCAUGCUGCUACAGAGCAUCGCCCUGUACUUGACUGACAUGUUGAAGACAUUUGGAGCGAUUGAGGGAACCGACCCGAUUGGCUUCCCCGUUGGAGGAAACGGACAGAGCGCUGAUCUGGAGAGCACAGUCAUGCCCUAUUUGUCAGUGCUGUCCGAUUUCAGGGAAGACGUCAGGAAAAUUGCAAGAGAGAAGAAAGUCACUGAAUUGCUGCAGCUUUGUGACCAAUUGCGCGACGAUACUUUACCUGAGCUGGGGGUCCGACUGGAGGAUCGUGAUGGGCUCCCCACAUCGGUGAAGUUGGUGGACAAAGAAACACUUCUGAAAGAAAAAGAAGAAAAGAAAAAGCUGAAGGACGACAAGAGAAAGAAAAAAGAAGAGGCUGCAAGGAAGAAACAAGAACAAGAGAUGGCAAAGUUGGCAAAGAUGAAGCUUAAACCUAGUGAAAUGUUCCGGUCAGAGACUGACAAGUACUCCAGCUUUGAUGAAACGGGCUUCCCGACACAUGAUGCUGAGGGAAAGGAGCUCAGUAAGGGACUGACCAAGAAGCUGCGUAAGCUUUACGAGACUCAGGAGAAGCUGCAUAACGAAUACCUCCAGUCAACUCAGAACGGGAGCUGAAAACACAAAGCGUCGAGUCUGAUUUGAUCCGCCCAUAGUGUCUGUUUGUGAACUUGUCGUCUUGUGUUUGUGAAAAGGCAGCAAAACUCUUUUGUGAGUUUUGGCUCUAAAUAUUAGCAAGAGUUGCCAAGUCCUUCUGAUCACAAUUGGAAAGUUAACGUUUUCCUGCAAACAUGACUUUGGGAGGUAUUUUAUGAUUCUGAUGUUAAGGAUAUAUACACUUUAUUUUGUGUGCUUUUUGCACACAGAGGACAAAGAUGCAAGUAUAUCACAGUUUUUCUAAUGUGGGUUUGGUGGUUUAUAUGAAGUAUGCAAGAACUAUUUAGCUCAUUUAUGUGGAAAUUAAUGAAACAUUUAAUGUUUUCAUUACUGAUUCUUUGUUUUUUGUUUUUCAAUAAUCUGGCUGGUUAAGUAGGCGUUUCCUCCGAAACACUAUUCACACAUCAGCUAGUGCUAACUAUUGAUUCAUAAAUGUGAAUCUAAAAAUCUGAUGCUACAGGAACGAAGGGACUUCAGGUUGGUUGAUUACAAAUGGAAAAAACAGAGGCAUACAUAGGAGAACCUGUUAUUGCUAGUAUUAACAUACUCUUUACAAAAACAUGAAAUACCAAAAUAAAAAAAGAUUUUGAAUAAUGU